ACUCUGUGUUUCUUCUCCUUGUGUUAUUUAGAGUUUGAAGUGUUUAAAAAGAAGUCCCAACUCCUAAGAAUAGAAAACCCAGAAAACAAUCUGAUCAACCAUGGAAACUCCAGCUUCGGAGCAUCACCAUCAUCAUGAAUCCACUACAAACGAAUCCUGCGAACCUCAACCACAACCACCGCCACACAUCUCUUCCCCAUCUUGUCUCAAAUGCGGAGCACCCACCGCUUUCUCUCCUCCUCCUCUACCCGACCCAAAUUCCCUUCCUGCUUACCGCCCGAUCCGUUUCCCCGCCAUUAAUCUUCCACCUGAUUCUGCUACCAAAACUCAGCAAUCCAUCAUUCUUUCCCCUGUUCCUCAACCUUCUCCUGUCCCACCUCUUUCUCCUCCUUUCAAUUUCAUUCCUCCUACCAAGCGUAUUUCUUCUCCUAAAGAUGCUUCCUAUUUCGUCAAUUCCUCUACCGGAAAGUCUUUCCUUGGUUUCAUUGCUUUCCUUUCAUACUCCAUUCGUGGCCACAAAAUAUCCGAUCCAUGCCCAAUUUCACAUACCCUUUCCCAAAUCAUAUCGUUCCUUGAUUCCCUUAUUUCAUUGAUUCAUUCCAUUCCUCCUGCUCAACAAUCAUCUAGGUAUGGGAACCUUUCCUUUAGGGUUUGGCAUGAGGAAUUUUCCCAACUUUCCCACAAAUUUAUGCUUGAUAUUCUUCCCAACGAAAUUAAGGGUUCUUCAGUUGAAAUCCUCCCCUAUUUCCUUGAUAGUUUCGGCAAUUCAUCUCGUAUUGAUUAUGGAACUGGUCAUGAAACCAAUUUUGCUGCCUGGUUGUAUUGUUUAGCUAGGUUAGGAUUGAUUAAAGAGGAGGAUUAUCAAGCUGUGGUUUCUAGGGUUUUUGUUAAGUAUUUGGAUUUGAUGAGGAAAUUGCAGCUUGUUUAUUGUCUUGAACCUGCUGGGUCUCAUGGUGUUUGGGGUCUUGAUGAUUAUCAUUUUUUGCCUUUUGUUUUUGGUUCUGCUCAGCUUAUUGAUCAUAAGUAUAUGAAACCAAAAUCAAUACAUAAUGAUGAUAUUCUUGAGAAUUUCUCCAAGGAGUAUAUGUACCUAUCUUGCAUUGCAUUUAUUAAGAAGGUUAAGAAAGGGCCAUUUUCCGAGCAUUCCCCUUUGUUGGAUGAUAUUAGUGGUGUGCCAAAUUGGAAUAAGGUUAAUAGUGGUAUGCUUAAGAUGUAUCGAGCUGAGGUCCUUGAGAAGGUGCCUGUUGUGCAACAUUUUCUGUUCGGCUCCAUUAUUCCAUGGGAGUGAAACACCAACAACAAGAGGAAUGGCUUGCCAAACAUGUAAUGGUUGAUUUAGACCAAAUAAUAAAGUGCUUCUAAUCUCUGGCUUCUAUUUCUAAACUUGAUAGCCCGUCGGUUAGAGAAGCUUCGGUUUUGUUGGUUGCUCUUCAAUCUUCUUCAGCCAUGGCCCAUCAACUAUCAUGUUUUGGUAAGAUGAAGAAUAAUUACUACAAUGAUUGUUGUUGUUUGAUAGUUGAACAUUUCUUGCUCUUUACAGGAAUUUUUAUAAAAUUAGGAGAUUAGUUUUAGUUCUUAGUUUCAAUCCAACAUGCUUUCUCUUAAUUUUGUUUUGUUUAUAGUAAAAGUAUUAUCUUUAUUACUUUUUUUGUUGCAAAACAGCUGUUGAGUACUCUUAAUUGAUAAUGAAAUUAUUGUUAGGAUUAGUUGUAGAAGAUAUUGCUAAGAAACCCAUUAUUGGCAAUUGCUUAUUUGAGUUUUGUAGGAAUCUACGCAUUGAAUACAUUUUUUUUUGUUGAUAUUAAUUUGAGAAUUAUCCGUGAAAAGAUUUUAUAAAUGUUGUGUUGAUGUUUAAUCUUUUCACUGCUUUGCCUUUAACACGCACACACAGACCAUUAUAUUUGGAAUUUAUCACUAGAUUACGCGACUAAAUAAUAUUAUUUUUAUUAUUUAUUUUGUUUUAUAAUUUACUCUUUUAGAUAUAUCAUUAUUUUAGUUGACAAACGCAAUGAAGUGUUGUUUAUUGUUUGCCUUUAGAACAUUAGGGUUUGUUUUAUAAUAUUAUUUUUGUUGACAAUCGCGACAACAGUUAAAGUAAUUAAACUUUGAAAAUUUGAAAUAGUUAAGAGAUUUAAUCAAAAAAAAAUAUGUAAUAAGAUACUUAUAAACUUGUUUUCAAAAGUAAGCGUCUGACUACCCAAAACUAGAUUCGGAUUAGUUCGCACUUACUAACUGCGAACAAAGAGAAAAGGUCAAAAAAAAGUCAAGAGGUCUGUUCGUAGUUAGUAAGGGGAACCUUAGUCAAACUUGAUCAAACGCUUGUUCGCAGUUAAUAACUUUUUUUGACCUUUAAUGUUUGUUCGUGGUUAGUAAGUACGAACAAGCCUGUUGACUUUUUUUUACUUUUUUCUUGUGGCUUAUGUUCAAAUUAGCUGUUAACUAUUCAAACUAGUCGUUAAUUAAGCCUCUAUAUAUACUAGAACCUUAUAACUUAUUUCAUUCCAUCCAGAUUCAAUCAAAAUUAGUCGUUAAUCUCACUCCAGUUUCACGUACCCUAACCCUUGCGUGUGCUGACAUGCAAACUCAGAUUCGGUAUCGCAGGGUGGUGGAAUGCGUUGUACCAACCCAUAUUGGCGCAGAACGCGCUCAGGUUGAUGAACUUCGACAAUGUCGAAGCAUAUGAGUAGUACAGAAGCCCCCCACACACCCGUCUGAAUCCCCGAGUGAUCGGGCACAGCUGCGUACGCAUCGGUGGGGUAGGGAUCCCACAAAAACUAUAAAACAUUUUAUCAUAAAGUAAGCAAUGUUGUUAUGUGAUUAUAGUAUUGAGAACUAAAAGUAAAAUGUUUACCUGGUUUGGUUGUAGUAGGUCUAACUGGUCUCGGUAAAAUUCCCGCCCAGUCCUAGUGUGUUUUCGCGUGUGGCGCAAAAUUCCACCUCGAUCCGUAUGGGACAUCUGGUGGUGGUUGCUACGGUUGAGCAAUUUUACUACGACCAACACUUCUAUGCGGUUAGCCAAUCAAAAUGUGCUACUAGGCCCACAGCUAAGAGAUGCAAAUGUAAUAAGUAUAGGAUUGAUUGAACAUAAAU